AUGAAAGAUACUGGUGUUAAACCUACAAAGUGGGCUUCUAUAGCCAAUGCACCAUUUCCUGCCGAAGGUGCUGGUAACCAAACUUUCAGCAUGUAUCAGUUGGUUGCUGCUGUUAUUGGUGUCCCGCUCUUCCUUGCCUACUAUUUUCGCCUAGGUUUUUGGAGCUGGCUUAUUUUCCUCUUUCUUCCGCUUGGUGGUGCUAUUUACAUAGCAUACGUAUAUCUCUCUUCUAAAUAUGCUUCUCCUUACAACAACAAAGUUCGACUUCCGGGAAAAAAUAUUGAAGAAUAUAUUACUAUGAAGGACUCUUCUUU